GAUUUGAUGCGACUGAAAAGUUUAGAAUUUUUAUUUUUUGUGUCGCAGCCGUUCUGUGUCAAAGCACUUCUGUUCACUAACAGAGACUUAAAUUCCACCAUUUAUUUAAUAGGAAAGCCAAUCCAGCAGCUAUUGAUGAUUUUUUUCUAGUAUUCUGGAUUGUUGUAUUUUAAAGAGUGUGAAGCAAAUUUGAUGGGACAAUGACAUAAUGACAAACAACACGACCAGUUUUGAAAAAAAUACAACGUUGAAAUCAUUGCCACAUCUUCUACAAUUCACAGCUGCUUAGUAGCGUCCAUACCUGCCGAUUGGUCAGAAAGAAGAUUUGAGAAUACACUGCAGGGUUUGAUUCAAGUCAGAACACAUUGCAUUUCAAGUUAAUCUUCUUUUGUUUUACGUGUGUUUUAUGGGAAAGUUGCUCUUCUAUGUUGCACUUUAAUUCGCGUCAUUUGUGUUUGGUACCCAAGAUAGGUGCUAAGGUUUGCGUUCCCCCUAGUGUUGUCUUUGCUGUUUAUCAAGCGGUUGUCGUCUUGGGCGAUCUCAAUUUUGAGACGUAUAUAUAAAAAGUCACGUAAGCAAAGUCACUCGUUUGGAAUCUCCCGCGAAAAUAAUACCACCAGGUUUAAUGAAAUUUGAGCAGGAUUUUCAUAUGAACGGUCUUCCCCCAAAUUUUUUAAUGAUUCAGUGGUAUUAUUCUUCAGUUGUCAACUUGUAAAAGUGGUUCAUUGGGGACAAAGUAGAUCUUUUUUUUUUAGUGGUAUUUAUUUCACUCAGCUUUCUGCUUAAGUUCCUAGAGAUGGGUGCCGAACAUUCUAUAGCUCUUAAUCAGAGGCGUACGCAAGGAAGUCCCAUUGACUCCCUGUUUGAGCGCGCUGUUCUUGAUGCUCUUCGUGAAAUAGCGGAGGAAUCAUCGGUGCCAUCCGAACAGAUUGAGCAUGCGUGGGACCCCGAAGACUGCUCACCGAGGUUCCGAGUUUUGAGUGACAGGUUGACAGCUCGAAGACUUCCCUCACCUCUCACCACAGAUGGCAUUAGAGGAAAAAAAGGAUACAUAGGAGGUCGACACGUGUGGGAAAUAACGUGGGAACGAGACGAACGAGGCUCCUACGCGGUCAUCGGAAUCGCUCAUCCCAAGGCCCCCCUUCAGUGUCUGGGUUACCUGCCACUGAUUGGAUCCAACUCAGAAUCGUGGGGAUGGAAUUUAAGCAAGAACGUGACUUUUCACGAUGGAAAUGCGUCUCCUUAUCCGGUGAAUAAUCCGGGAUUUUUCGUUCCUGAUACAGUUUACUGUAUACUGGACAUGGACAACCUUACUCUAAGGCGAGUAGCUAGUCUUGGUCUGCAACCACUUUUACGCAAUCCACCGGUGCCUUUUUCUUUUUAAAGUGUUUGUUGUCUCCUGUAACAUGGGGCUGUCUUAAGGUUGAUACUGACAAUAGAUAGGAGUAACGUUUACUAGGUCCACGUCCAUAUAAUUCAUAUCGCUUUUGGGUCUUCCUCAGUUUACUCCUCAGUUUUGGUUUGACAGCUAUAGACUACAAAUAAAUGAUCUAACAUUUUCCCAGAUAUCGACUUUGAUCUGAUUUUGCUUAUAUGCUUAGGUAUAUAUGCUUUGCGUUUAUGCUUUGGUGAGUAUCCUUUUUCAUUCGGCAAUAAAUUAUAACUUUCGAGUGCCGCUUUUGUAUUUCCUGCGCAAGAAUCGAGAUCCCUUAGUUGUAAAUUACGGACACUGUUAGAAUAGACUUA